AAGCAGGAUCAAGGAAGCAGAGGAGAGCAUUCAUGCGAAGAAGGUUGGGAUUUGACGGACAUUUAGGACAAACCAUGUGAGGGAAGAGUUUACAGCACUGGCACUGUGAGAAAAGAGAUGUCUGGGAAGUGCUUUACACUCUGUGACCUCUUUUGAACUGGUUACCUUUUUUAAAAGAGCCAUGUGAAGAAUUGCCUGAUGGAAGAGUGAACUGGCAGUGGAUGAGCUUAUGUAAACAUUUUCUACUGAGAUACCAACAGCAGCACUGUCUCAGUGGCCCUGUGCCUGAGGAGGAGGUCACCAUGAUCUCCACAGCUCUCCGCUGGCUGGUCCUGGUGUCUUUCAUCAUUCUGACCAUUGGUGGGAACGUGCUGGUGUGUUUGGCUGUGGGGCUCAGUCGCCGACUGUGGCGCAUUGCUAACUGCUUUGUGGUGUCCCUGGCAGUGACAGAUCUCCUGCUAGGCCUGCUGGUGCUGCCCUUCUCCGCCACUGUGGAGCUGCGCAGCGGGAAUUGGCCCCUCGGAGGAGCCCUAUGUAACAUCUACAUCUCACUGGAUGUCAUGCUGUGUACAUCUUCCAUCCUGACCCUGCUGGCCAUCAGUGUGGACCGAUACCUAGCUAUUUCAGCUCCCCUUAGCUACUCCCGGAAAGUUACUCCUCUAAGGGUGACACUGGCCAUGAUCGCCAUCUGGGCCUUGUCACUAGCUGUGUCCUUUGUGCCCAUCCACCUGGGCUGGAAUACAGCGGACUACUUAGUGCAACACUUGGACUGGGACAUGGGGGAUGAGGACAAGGAGGGACGCUACUGCCAGUUUGAAUGGAAUAACAACUAUGUUCUCAUUUACACGUUUGGCACAUUUUACCUACCUCUGCUGCUUAUGUGUGGAAUGUAUCUUUGCAUAUUCAGAGUGGCACGAGAACAGGUGCGGCGUAUUCAAGCUGCCACUCCAUCAUUUGCACGCACAGCAUCAACUGCAGCCAUAGCCCGAGAGCACAAAGCUACAGUGACCCUGGCAGCUGUGCUGGGGGCCUUUGUCAUCUGCUGGUUCCCCUACUUCACCUUCUUCACCUGCAUGGGCAUAAGGGAAAAGAAAAACCCGCCUAAUACACUUAACUCUGUGGUGCUGUGGCUGGGCUAUUUUAACUCAGCUCUUAACCCCAUCCUGUAUCCAGCCUUCAACAGGGAUUUCCGCAGGGCCUAUGGAGAGCUGCUUCGCUGCAGAAGACUGUCUCACAGAAAACUGCAGCUUACCCGUGUGUCUGUGCAUAAACGAUUGACCUUUAGUAACGGACAAAGGGUUUUCCAACAGUCUGAGAAACAUAAAGACACAGUUAAUAAAGAAACUGAGGGAAAGAGCCUCACAUAUGAGAGGAAUGGUCCCUGAUGAGCCAAGGUAAAACGCCAUGUAUCUGUAGUUCCACUGCUGGACUGUAGACAAAAUGUUGUAAGCUACAAACUUCUUCCACAAGUCACAGUUCCAGAUUAACUAACCAUUUACAGUAUCACUUAGAAAUUUAGUGUAUAGUGCCAAAGAUAAUACUUGUGUAAAAUUCAAGGCACAACAUGAUGAAUGUACAUAGAUUUUUUGUUUGUGUUGUGGAUAAAAAAAAUAAUACAUGACUCAAAUCCAUGUGCUUAAUUUAAAAGUGCCCAGUGUUUAUGAUCAGAUAUAAUCAUGAUGAUGACAAUGUCUGGUUAUUACACACCUGUAAAACCUAUGACCGUGUAUUUUAAAGUAGAUAGUAGCAGGCAGAGCAGAGCUGAGUGGAGUGAAUAGAUGACUCAAUAAGUGUCCCAGUAAGCUGCAUGGAGACAAUUUUGCAAAUGGUUUAUUUUCUCUCCCCUCAACCCUGCCAGUGAGAGUGAAUGAGUGACCAGCAUGUUUGAUAU